GGAGGAGGAGGAGGAACGACUGUGUGGUACAUUGUGAGUACGAGAGAACAGAUAGUCGAGUGUAUUCUAGACUAAAGCAAGGAGAGUAACCCAUCUGAAAGAGCUUCCAUUAUUUUUCUUUGGGUUUUUUUUCUGGACUGUGCAGCCUGAGAGGAACACCCAGCUAUUGUAUGAGAACUUUAGUAAAGUAUUGUUCAGUUUUGCACAGUUCUAUCCUGACAGAAAACAAUGACACUCCUCCAUGUUGGAUAUGCUGCAACCCUGUGAAUCGAACUGAAGGGACUACAACUCGGUGCAUGGCUGUUUUCACCCCAAAGAUGAAGGGUUAGCGGCGGACUAUCGAAUCAUGGAUUGGGCUUUUGAUCAAAUACCCUUUCAGAGCCUAUAAAGAGGUUCAGGAGCAACGGUAAACUUAUAAAGACACUGAAAAUCUCAAGGACGCUUAUUAUGGCCUGCUGACAUAGGUGACGCCAUUGAUCCUAUUGACGCUAAGAUGAGUGUUUCCAAGCCAGGUGAGAGAGUCACCGAUGUGAAGAAGAGAAAGACGAGUAUGAGACUCCCUCUUCAAAGCACAGGAGACUACAAUGGAAAUGCUUUUCCGGUUUUUUCCUCUUCUUCGUCGUCUUCCUCCUGUCUGGGAGAGUCUCCCGAGUCGGUGCACAGUCGCAGCAGCAUCAACAGUGGCUGUGCUGUCAGCCCACACAACAACGACUCGCUCCAAGUCACCCUGGCAACGACUCUAAUGAGCAAAACGGAAGGAAUUGUCGAGAGUGUAAUCCAACAUUCUUUGAACAGAAGCCAAUUUGCCGAAAACGAUAGUUCAUUUGAAAAGAUGCAAACGGCAACUGAUCUGUCAGACUCUAACGACAACUCUAUAUCUGUUUACCUUGAUGCCAGCGCUCAUGAACACCAAGAAACCUGGAAGGACUACGGCAGCUUUGCACUGUCCCUGGCUUUGACAUCCAGUAUAGUCGGUUGUAAUCAUAACGACAGACUUGGCUCAUCGACUCCAGACUCGGAGGCAACAGAAAUUCUUGCAGAUUAUGACGACGACGACGGUGAAGACGAAGCCUUGUUUUUGUCAUUGAACUCUGAAACUGGUGUAGAGAGAACCAUACCAACUCUCACAAACACGUCCAAUCCAAGCCUCUUUAGCAGAGGGAACUUGGCACAGACGCCAUCCACUGAAGCUAUGAGCGUAGAUCAUACCCCGGUAUCUGGGAUGUUGUUACCAGACAAACAGGAUACACUUCACAUACAAUCUGAGGACAGUGGCACCAACUGCAAAUCAUGUCUUAUUCCCUCUGCAAUGAGUCCUGUCCAAGACGCCAAGGACUUUGCCCCGUUAGCUGAAAGUCUUGUGAUGGCCCCAAAACUCUGUUGCCACCAAAGCAGUCCAAACCUCAAGACUUUGGGAAUUUCAACUCCUGAGGAAAAGAGGCUUCCUAAACUGGACUUUAAAAACAUCAAGGCUAAAAUUGGCUCACAGCCCACCCAUUCCCCAUCGAAAAUAAUUGGACAGAGUAAAUCUGUUUCAACAUUCGGAAGAAAAACGGUUUCCAGGAAGGAUGAAGGGGAGGUUUGUAAUGGAGAUCAAAGAUCCGCUGGUACUGUCAGAGUGGCUGCAGGGUUGAAACCCGUCCAAGGGCCGCGCACUAACGUCAAAAGCAGCCACAAGACAGCGCCCAGGGAUUCCACCAAGUCAAAAAGGCAGAGUGGGACCAUCCGUAGAAUUCCUUCAGACUGCCCCAGUGUUUUGGACUCAGAGGUCACUGAGAAAAAACACCGUGCCAGACAGGAGGUGUCUGAUGAACAUGAAGUAAAUGUAGAGUCGACACAUCCAAAGGAGUUACCUGGUGAAAAAUGUGUGGUUCAAACUCCACCGGCUGCAAGCAACGUGGAUAAACCAAGGAACCAUACUUUGAAUGUCUCCAAGCUGGGGCCCGUCGCAAGGCAGCAGGGGCAAAGCACGCGAGCGGUUAAGGCACCGCCUCCGGCCACCCGACCUCCAGGUCCAGAGGGCCCCAGGUCCCGGCAAACUCACACAGAUGGACCCGUGGCGAGAGAAGUCGGACAGAGUGCUGGAGAUGGAUCUCCGAUGCGAGCGAAACACUUUCAAAGCCUGGCUCUUUCAAAAUCCCGUAAUACCACACCAAGCCCUUCGAAUCUCAACUCGAAAUCAAGAGUCAGUCCGCAGCCAGCAGGUGGACGACCGGCAUCAAAACUUCCUGUAAAAGGAGUACUCCCAAGCCUGAGUUCCUCAUUGGUGGGAUGCAAAGAGAACAACAAGUCCACGUGCAAAGCUUCUCCAACAUCCACGUGUAGCCCGGUUUCAUCAGAGACCAGGUCAGAGGAGAGGCCCGGCAGAUGCAAUGCUCCUGCGACCAGCAGCCUGUCUGGGACCACUCCCAGUAACACCGGCAUCAACUUGAACAGCAUUUGUGUCACUGCUGUCUCAAAGGCUCCUGCAUUGAGAAACCGGGCACUGUCAACGCAAUCGAAAACAACAUCUUCAGGUGUGAAGAUCCCCUCAGUCAACAAUUACAACGGGAAUAAGACAGUAACAUCUAAUCAAACCACGGAAAAGAUUCCUUCACCUGUCCGCCCGGAGCUGACGAAGCAGACAUCCAGUCCUCUGCAAAGAAGCGGCUCUGCAAGACUCGGCCGACUUCACGGGACAGUUGACAAAAAGCCCCGGGAUGUACCAGCAAGAUCCACAGCGGCUCCACCUGCAGCAGGAAACAACAACCAGAGCAAACAGACUCCACCGCCAGAUCUGGUACCGGUUACGCCAGUGGCUGUCUCAGAUUCCACCAACACUGAGUUAGGUACCGCAGCACCCACUGUCCUUGGGUGUAAAGCAAGAACCGGGUCCAGGGGGAGCCCCAAACAUGGAGCCCGUUCACAAAGUGCACCCAAGCCUAGUGUGGCCGGAGCCAUGGUGGCUAAACAGGAUCCUAACAAGGAAGAUGUGGAGAAGAAGCAGUCCAUAAGUCUUCGGAAAGUACUCCUCCAAGCUAAUAAGAGAGUAGAGGCUUUCGCUACGGUCAUUCAACACCUUUUCCUUGAGCGUGAGGAGACUUUAAAGGAGAAGAAGGAUUUAUCGAAAGCACUGGAAAGCCUCAGAAGCGAGCUGGUGGCGUCGUCUCAGUGCUGUGAGCGUUUGCACAAGGAGAAAGAAGAGGUGCGCGUCAAUUUGGAGGAGGCCUUGAAGGAGCUGGACGAGCGCCACAAGGAAGAACUGGUGCAACUGGAGGACAGAUUGAGGAGUUUUUACCAAACGGAGUGGGACAAGGUCCAUAAAACGUACCAGGAGGAGGCUGACAAAUAUCGCAUGUUGAUGGAGCAACAGGUGGAGGGGCUGAGGACCAGACAUGAAGCUGAGAGGAAGACCCAGGAAAGAAGUCAUAGUCAAACAAUAGAGUCCCUCAAACAACAGCAUGAGACCUCUGUGCAAGACUUCAAAGACAUUGAGAAAACCAACCUGGAGAACCUCGAGAAAACACUAAAGGAAACAGAAACUACUCUUUCUGACAAAAUAUAUGUGCUGUCAGCAGAGAAGGAGGCCCUGAAUGAGAAGCUGAAAACCGAGGAGGACAGGAGGCGGCGGAUACUCACCGACAAGAAUCUGAGGGACUCCCACACCGUUUACCUGGAGCAAGAGCUGGAAAGUCUGAAGGUGGUGCUGGAGCUGAAGAACAGUCAGCUGCAUCAGAAGGAAAAGAAGCUGAUGGAGAUGCACAAACUGGUGGAGACAAAUGUGAAAAUGGAGGAGUGUUUGAGAAAGGUUCAACAGGAGAACGAGGACUAUAAAGCCAGGAUGGACAAACAUGCUGCUCUCUCAAAGCAGCUGUCCAGCGAGCAGGCCAAACUCCAGCAGACGCUGCAGAAAGAGUCCAAGGUCAACAAGCGUCUGUCCAUGGAGAACGAGGAGCUGCUGUGGAAGCUGCACAACGGCGACCUGCUGGCGAGUCCGCGCCGACUCUCCCCCACGUCUCCCUUCGGCUCGCCGCAGAACUCCGCCUCCUUCGCCGCAGCUGCGCCCUUAUCUCCCAGAUAAUGGCCUCGAUAUGCCUUCUUUUAAAGGGAAAGUUGUUUUGAAAGCGGAGACGUGGUGGACGCGAGUCCAUGUGAGCGUCCGACUAUCAACACGACAGACUUUUAUUUUUCCUGGAGAAAACAGGCACACCUCAGGGUCUGUAUAUAAAACAUCCCUCUUGUUAUGUCCAUCCUUACCUUUUUGUCUUCUUGUUAUGUACACACGUUGAGGUCUCCGGUUAUUUCUUGUGUUACCAUUCAUUCCAAAGACACACGGACUUUGUGGUAUCUGUUCUUGGUUUGUGGUCUGCUUGAGUUUGUAAACCGCAAAAUGUCGGUGGAUUUACGUGGAACCUUUUUUUUGCCUGUCGGCUUCUUGCUUGAGAUACACUAUAUUACCAAAAGUAUUUGGCCACCUGCCUUGACUCACAUAUGACCUUGGAAGUGCCAUCCCAUUCCUAACCCACAGGCUUCAAUAUGAUGUCGGUCCACCUUUUUGCGGCUAUUACGGCUUUAACUCUUCUGGGAAGGCUGUCCACAAGGUUGCGGAGUGUUGUUUAUAGGAAUUUUCCACCGUUCUUCCAAAAGCGCAUUGGUGAGGUUGUUCGAGAAGGCCUGGCUCUCAGUCUCCGUUCUAAUUCAUCCCAAAAGGUGUUCUAUCGGGUUCAGGUCAGGACUCUGUGCAGGCCAGUCAAGUUCAUCCACACCAGACUCUUGUCAGCCAUGUCUUUAUGGACCUUGCUUUGUGCACUGGUGCACAGUCAUGUUGGAAGAGGAAGGGGCCCGCUCCGAACUGUUCCCACAAGGUUGGAAGCAUGGAAUUGUCCAAAAUGUUUUGGUAUCCUGGAGCAUUCAAAGUUCCUUUCACUGGAGCCAACUCCUGACAAAACAACCCCACACCAUAAUUCCUCCUCCGCCAAAUUUCACGCUCGGCACAAUGCAGUCCGAAAUGUGUCGUUCUCCUGGCAACCUCCAAACCCCAGACUCGUCCAUCAGAUUCAUUAGUCCAGAGAAUGCUCUAGAGUCCAGUGGCGUCGUGGUUACAACCACUGCAUCCGACGCUUCGGUGAUGUAUGGCUUAGAUGCAGCCGCUCGGCCAUGGAAACCCAUUCCAUGAAGCUCUCCGCGUACUGUACGUGGGCUAAUCGGAAGGUCACAUGAAGUUUGGAGCUCUGUAGCAACUGACUGUGCAGAAAGUCUUUGCACUAUGCGCUUACGUGCAGUUUACGUGGCCUACCACUUGGUGGCUGAGUUGCUGUUGUUCCCCAAAUCUUCCAUUUCCUUGUAAUAAAGCCGACAGUUGACUUAGGAGCGAGGACAUUUCACGACUGGAUUUGUUGCACAGGUGGCAUCCUAUGACAGUUCCACGCUGGAAAUCACCGAGUGAUUAGGACACCAGAUUCUGAUCAUUUGGAAUGGUGGCCGAAUACUUUUGGCAAUAUAGUGUAUGUUCCUUUCUUCCCAAAGAGCGAAGCUCAAUCAAUCACUCCGCCUAAAGAAGUGAACUAACAGUUUAUUGCAUACACCUGAACUAUGGACUUGGACCUGAUCCUACGGACGUUCUGGGUUUUGCUCCUUCCAUCCUUACUCUACUCUGUGGAAUGUAAUCCUAUACAGGCCGGAGCCGUACAAAUGGCAAUAAUUAAUACCCUGUAAAGUCGCCUGGAGCCCGCAAAACUUCAUUGAGAGACAAUGGCCCCAUGCCUAGUUUUGUUGCUCCAAAAAACCCUCAAAUGUAUCCAGAAUGCCUCAGCAAGUUCCUUUUAUUUUUACAAAAUAGGAUAAAAUAUAGUAUGAGAUCACGUCAUUCUCGUCAUGUUUUUAUUGUCGGCACUCCGUUACAAAGAUGGCAUAAAUGCCAAAGCAACGACAGAAGCGCUAUAUAGCACAGGGGUGUCAAACUCAUUCUAGAUUGGGGGCCACAUGGAGAAAAAUCUACUCCCAAGUUUUUGAUUGAUUUAAUUUGAUUGAUUGAUUGAAAGUUGUUAUUAGUAGAUUGCACAGUACAGUACAUAUUCCGUACAAUUGACCACUGAAUGGUAACACCCCAAUAAGUUUUUCAAUUUGUUUAAAGUCGGGGUCCACGUUGAUUAAUUCAUGGUAAAAGUGGGCCGGGACUGGUAAAAUCUUGGCACGAUAACUUAAAAAUAAAGACAACUUCAGAUUGUUUUUAUUUGUUUAAAAAUACACUGCAAAAAGUCAGUGUUCAAAAACAAGAAAAAAUUAAAGCUGCAAGCAGCGUUGGUCGGGUCCGCAUUUUGGCAGGUGCUAGUCCUAGGUGUCCCAAUACUUUUGUCCAGUGGUAGUCCUGAGUGAGACCUACAUAGAGGUUUUUGUUGCAAGUCUCUACGAUAUUCGUACUAGGAGUUAGAGGAAGUUGUGUCUGUGUUUUUUUCCUAGGUGCUGCGGCACAGUGGUUCUUUUCUUUGAAGGCUCGUAAAAUCAAAACCGUAGCACUUAUUAAAACGCUUUCGCCAACUUUUAAUCAGAAGGGUUCAAUCUCUCUCCUGUAGUGGUUUGAAGCCAAAACGACAAACGCGCUCAGAGGAGAUAAUGUUUGAUGUUUGGUGACCGCUUUUUAAAAAAAAAUUGUUUUGAAGUGGGGAUAUCAAACUUCCUGUUGAUUUUUGCUGAAGGAUUUCAAUCUAUGAAAUGUAGGUCUAAGUGAGACCUACGUAGAGGUUUUUGUUUCAUGUCUCUAAAACGUUCCUACCGGAAGUUACAAGCAGUUUUGUCUGUGUUUUCCUCUGAGAAGCAGUUUUGUCUCUGUUUUAUUCAAAAAUUGCGCUAGAGCGCAAUUUUGAAUUUUGGGGUUCGGUUUUUAUUUUAGAUCGCAAUUUCCACCAGUCCCAAUGUGUGUAAAAAUUUUGAUGAGUUUUGAAGUAUUUUAAGGGGGUCAAAUUACAGCUCAAAAAGAGGCAAAAAUUAGUGUUUUUAGUAAUUUUUUGUGUUGAAGGGGAAAUUGCCAACUUCCUGUUGGUUUUUGCCCGAGGAUGUGAAAUUAUGAAUUGUAGGUCUAAGUGAGACCUACAUACAGGUUUUUGUUUCAUGUCUCUACGUCCUUCCUAGUGGGAGUUACAUGCAGUUUGUUUUUGUUUUUUUCCUAGGGGGCGCUAGAGCGCAAUUUUGAUUUUUGGGGUUUGGUUUUUUUACUAAAGUGUGCUGUCACAGUUUUUCUAUGUGUGUAUAAAAUUUGGUGAGUUUUGAAGCAUGUUAAGGGGGGCAAAGUAGUGCGCAAAGCUGCGGAAUAAUAAUCAACCUUACAAUUUUAAUAGGUUCCUUUGUACCUGUACAAAGGACUCCCUGUGGGAGUCCUUUAUACAGGGUACAUGCGAACCCUAAAAAUACAGAAAAUUAGGUGUAUUUUAUUUGAACUAAGCAAAAUUUUUCUGCCAAUAGAACAAGAAAAUUCGACUUGUCAAGAAUUUCCAAAACAAGUAAAAUUAGCUAACCUCAAUUAACCCAAAAACACCUUAAAAUAAGUAUAUUCUCACUAAUAACAAGUGCACUUUUCUUGGUAGAAAAAAAACCCAACCUUUUUGCUCAAUAUGUUGAAAAAUAUUCUUAAAUGAAGUAAAUGCCAGUGCCAUUAUCUUGACAUAAUGAUAUGCGCUCGGCAUCAUGAUUUUUUUUCAUGCUCGAAAUAAGAAAUUAUUACUUUAAAAAAGCAGUUUUCUACUUGUGAGUGUUGAUGACACAGCUUUGCAACAGUUGAUAUUCUAGUUUCAAGCAUGUUUUACUCAAUAUAGCUCAUCAAAUCUCAGCAACAAGCUGUAAUAUCUUACUGAGAUCAUUUAGGAGCAAAACACUUAAAACAAGUAAAACACUCUAACAUAAAACCUGCUUAGUGAGAAGAAUUAUCUUAUCAGACAGAAAAUAACUAAAUAUCGCCCUUAUUUGAGAUAUUAAAGCACAUUCUUAAAAUGUACAAAUCAUAAUGCGGUUGGGUUUUAUUUUUUUACACUUACCUGUUUGCGGUUAAUAGUAUAUAUACUUUAUUUGUCGUUAUUUAUAUUUUCUGAAUAAAUGAUGUGAUAAUGUCGAUGAGUCAACUCAUUGGUGUUGAUUUUCAAUCUAUCAAGAUAAAAAAAUGAUAUCAAAAUCAAAUUACAGAAUCUUAUUUAUGUAGUUUGAUCAUGUGGUUUAUUUUGUACAUAUGUAGCAUCAUCUACAAAGAUACAAAGAAUUGCUAUUGCGACAUCUAGGAGAUGAUCUAAUUUCAUCUAUUUGGGUUAAAAAUACUUUUUUGCAAACCAGUAAUUAUAGUCUGCAAAUGGUGUGUUGUUGUUGAGUGUCGGUGCUGUCUAGAGCUCGGCAGAGUAACCGUGUAAUACGCUUCCAUAUCAGUAGGUGGCAGCAGGUAGCUAUUUGCUUUGUAGAUGUCGGAAACAGCGGGAGACAGGGUGCAGGUAAAAAGGUGUCCAAUGCUUUAAAAAGUAACCAAAAAUAAACAAAAGGUGAGUGCCCCUAAGAAAAGGCAUUGAAGCUUAGGGAAGGCUACGCAGAACGAGACUAAAACUGAACUGGCUACAAAGUGAACAAAAACCGAAUGCUGGACGACAGCAAAGACUUACUGCGGAGCAAAGACGGCGUCCACGAUGUACAUCCGAACAUGACAUGUCAAUCAACAAUGUCCCCGCAAAGAAGGAUUAAAAACAACUGAAAUGUUCUUGAUUGCUAAAACAAAGCAGAUGCGGGAAAUAUCGCUCAACGGAAGACAUGAAAAUACCAAAAAAAAAGAGAAAAAGCCACCAAAAUAGGAGCGCAAGACAAGAACUAAAAGACUACACACAGAAAAACACAAACAACUCAAAAUAAGUCAGGGGGUGAUGUGACAGGUGGUGACAGUACACCUACUUUGAGACAAGAGCUAUAGUUGCAACAAUUGCGGGAAAGUCUUUUUAAUUGACAAUAUCUUAUUUUAAUUAUUUCUGCUGUGUGGAUUUUUUCAAUGAAAAAAAAUGUGCCUUGGCUCAGAAAAGGUUGAG